CUGGGCGUUCCUUGGGCUUGCAUUCGUACGAAUCCAUGGUCGCUAUGCUCGUCACCUGCGCUUGGGCAUGGUUUCUCCGCACACUUCCAUACAGUUGGGACGCCCCCCAGUUUCUCUCCGCUCCUUUUAUACAUUCAUUCCCUGCUUGAUUACUGUCCUCUUAUUAGAUGAGAUGUCGCUCUCUAUACCUUUACUUUUUUCUGCCUUUCGGCGUAAUAUGCAAGUUCCUCCUCCCUAACCCCACAUCCCAACGUCUCUACAUUACACAUUUGCUACAUCAUUGAUAUGUAAAUUCUUCUCACGCCGGCCACUGUCUAUUCUAUACACUCCUCUCGUCGAUUCAUACUCCGGAGCCGGAACUAAACCUGGCUUAUGAAAGAAUAUAUGACCGAAGGCGGCACACGACCAUUUCGAAGUGUGGAGAAGGAUGUCAAUAACUAUCAUAAGGAGUGACCUGAAACGCCAAACAACAUGGCCGUUACUUCUGAGCGCUCCAUGACACCUAAUAUUGCUCCUCCGAGCACCAUGUCUGUGUUCUCCUUCACAGCCCCCGGCCCUCAACCGAAGCUUCAUUUUCCACCUCCAAAUCACACGACAAUACCUCGUAAACGUUGUCGAGCCGUAGCCGAUGUCGAUGGCGAGCAUUCGUCCGGUUCAGGCAAAAAGAAACGACGUCUCCGACGCUUCCUCGUUACAUCCCGUCUAUCACUCCCGUUCUCCUAUCCCGCAACGAAUAUCGUCGACCGUGGGCCCUCCAAGAUCGCCGUCUGGGCCAAGCAGAAAUCUACAGGUCGUGAACUCCUCCGCAAGGCAGCUAUCCUCAAUCGUAUACGCCAACGUCAGAUAUCACCACCCAUCUUACCAGCCCAAUCCCAGGAGGUACUUCGUCAGACAUUCUUGUAUGGUGCUCCGGAUACUUCGACUCAUCCUAUUGUUCAGAGGAGCGGGCUCUCACCGGUGCUGUCGCCUAACUUUGUAUCGCAACCAGCUGUUGUUCGCGGGCCCAGUAUACAAAGAGAAGAUGCAAAUGACCCAAACAUCUCUGCCUUGCGUCAGAAGAGUCCUUCGCCCCAGGUACCCAGGAGAGAUUAUACCCCACUGCCACCGUCCCCGCUUGGGCUUUCGAACUAUGAUGCACUAGACCUGGAGGAAGACUAUGGUGAUGAUGACGACGACGGAGGAUGCACGUGGUCAUUUGGGGACACAGAUGAACCAUCACAGGAGAAUCACGAUACUGUUAAUCGUGUAAGCGAGUCUGUACUGGUUGACCACGAUUCCGUUGAAGCGUUUGCAAGUCCAGAGACGACCGCGUUGAUGGAGCAGACGACAUCGGUAGACCUCCUGAGACACCAGACCACACAGCAACAUGCAAGUGCAGAGCAACAAGCAGACAUUUCAAGUGAGAAGGAACGGCAAAAAAGUUUCGCAUUCGUCAGGUUCGAUUACUACAACUAAGGAUCCGGCUUCGGGGUGUUUGCGCAAUUUCUAAGUUAUUGGGCGGCGUACAAUGUGCACAUCCUAUGUCCUACAUGUCUCAAAAAUGCCUUCCUGACAGUAUUUCAGCGGCAUUCAGAAUCGGCGUAGGUAAGAGUUUCUACAAGACAGGCGGCGCAGGCGGACACUGAAGUUUUCCUCAUCUGUAUCUAUACUACCUGUAGCUACUACACAGUCACCCGACUCAUAAUAAUGCCACUUUGGGG